GUAACAGAUACAAAAAUAUCGCUAAUAUCCAACGUGUUACUGCUGCAUUGCGAAUGUCUAUAUGUAUAGAGCAAGAAAAUGGCGUAAAAGUCGAAAAAUCGUUUAGAAAAUUGUGUAAAACUUUAGUGCAAACUAGAAUAUAGUGUAAAUCAUAAUAACAAACAACAUGUUCCCCAGUGGCAAUACCAAUGCCGAUCUGGGCUUCAACAAACACAAUCAAUAUAUGGCGCAACCACCACAUUUUCUAACUGCCCCAGGUCCCGGACCUGGUCCGGUUCCCGGUCCUGGAGUCGGUAAUCCAUUAGGAGCUGCAGCACCCGUUAUGCCAAUGAACAUGCAGGGUAGCAUAGACUGGGCGCAAUUAGCACAGCAGUGGAUACACAUGCGUGACUCGUCAGCAGCGCCGCCGCUUGCUAAUUUUAGCGUGAAUAUUCCGAUUGCGCCUCCACCGCCGAUUAUAAGCAAUGCGCCAGAGUACCACCUCCAUCAUCAACAAGAGCUGCGCCAACGACAGCCUAAAGCUGAAACGCACUACCAGGAGCACGGCGAGGCCGAAAUGGACAUGGAUUUGGAUGACGAGGACAAUGAUAAUAUUGGACGUGCAAUGCAUAGCAUUGAUCAUUUACCCCCUCCGCCAGUAGUUACGCAAUCACAAUGGAUGGCUGGCGGCCCAAAUGAUGUGCACAUUACAGUUUCAUCCAACGAUGCGGUCGGCUCUGAUACUCAACAGUGGAAUGAUUGGUCAACGCGCAACAAUCCCACAGCCCAUAUUCCAUCGCUCUUGAAACUCAACGUCUGUAAUCCCAAUGAACCAGCGCAGCUGCUGCAGCAAACACAGCAGCCUCUGCCUAUUAUUAGCAGCAUCAGCGGCGGUGGUAGCGGUAGCGUCAGCACCGAAAUUGAUGCCAACAAACGUAAAAUGUUGCCUGCGUGGAUAAGAGAGGGUUUGGAGAAAAUGGAACGUGAAAAGCAACGUCAGCUAGAGCGACAACAACCCCCAACGCCGGAAACCGAGUCACCAGCAUUCAAUGUUAAGCAAGUAUCAAGCAAAACACUAACAACAUCUGUUAAUAUCUUGAACAUGUCGAACGUGGCAAGCGACAGCGAAGAUUCAAUUGCCGCUCCUGAGGAGGCAACUCAUGCGCCAAACCUGGCUCAGCUAAUAGGUAAUGAUGUAUUGAGUAAAGGCAGUCACAGCGAUGAAGAGCAGGAUGACGACGAGGAGGAGGAACAGCAGCAACAGCAGAACAGUCGACAGAAUGUUGGAAUUGUUGCAAGGGCAGCCAAUGCUGAAGCUGCAUUAAGUGGUAAAAACUACGAAGAAAGACUGGCGGAUUUGAUGCUUGUUGUGCGUCGCACACUAACCGAAAUACUGCUGGAAACCACCAAUGAAGAGAUUGCAGCUAUUGCUACCGAAACACUCAAAGCGCAUCGCGCUAAAGCGUCAUCAGCCCAAGUGAUUCGCAAAAGCGCCUUGUCCUCCAUUACCGGCAAUUUGGGAUUAGCUGUCUAUGGCGAUUCUUCGAGUGAAAGCGACGAAGACAAUGCUGAUGAUAACGAUGGCGACCAAAUCGAUCGCAAUUUAGAUUCAUCCGCGGAUAAAAGUAGUGAGCUUAGCGCAGACGAGCUAAAGGCACGCAUACGAAAAAGUAAACGUGCUUUUGCAAGAGUCAUCGAUGACAUCGAGGAGCGUGUGUCGCUGCAAGAGCAAUUGGAUGAGCAAAAACUGCAGCAACAUCGCAAGCAGGAAUUGGAGCGAACUGAGGCUGCCAGGCAUUGCGCUCUCACCGAGCAGCGGCAUACAGACCCGCCUGCCGAAGAAACAGCAACGACGGCUUCUGCCAAUGACAAGCUGCAAAAAUUCAAUGGAAAACGCCUCAGUCGCAAGGAGCGGACAACACGCUUCAGCGACAACAAGGACGGCAAACAGCCCCAGAGCUAUGUGAGCCAAGUGGUUGCAGUUGCGGCGGCGCAAAACAGCAUAAUGCCCCAGAAACUAAAGCCGGUGCCUAAUCCGGCCACCAAUUUGUUGCAAAUGCCCGAAUCUAUGGCAAGUAUACUAAGUGCUGCUGACAAGGCGCUCGACAAAGCAAACAAAACAUCUAAAAAGUCAAAAAGCAGACGUCGCCAAUCGUCAUCGUCCUCGUCCUCUAGCAGCAGCGGCGACAGCAGCAGCAGUAGCUCAAGUAGCGACAGCAAUACCAGCUCCAACAGUUCAAAGACCUCCAGCAACAGCGAGGGAAGCAGUACUCGGAGCAGCGCCGCUGUCAAAAAACAUAGGCAUAGCAGCCACCGUCAGAGCAGAGGUAGCAGCGGUCACAGGCAGCGAAGCGACUCAAGCCGUAAAGCGCAUCACAAGGGUCAAGGCAGCAGUAGUAUGCACAAUUAUGACCGUCAUCAUGGUAGCCGAGAGAGUCGUGAACGCGAUCGGAAUCGUGAGCGUCAUGCUGUUUCCUAUAGCAGACAGCGUCAUGAACGACGGCGACGUCAUCAGCGGGAUUCCAGCCAGUCAGCAGAGGAAAAAAGCAGCCGCAGCUAUCGUCGAAACUCGCGACACAGCAGUAGUCGCAGCCACCAGAGUAGCAGCUAUGGUAAACAUAGAGAGAGGACUCGAUCGCGCUCCAAUUCGCGCAGCACACACAAUUCCCAUUCGUCUGUUUCAGCUUCACAUCAGCAGCGAAAGCGCAAGUAAUUUAUGCUAAUGGGAUUUUCUGUUUUUGAUGAUACUCUUUAAUGCAGCUUAGAAAAUAUACAAAAACUAUUAAAAGUU